GUGAAGCCCUGGGUGCUAUCGGGAAUCCCGAUGUGCUGGAUAUCCUGAAACGCUAUUCAGAGGAUCCCGUGGUUGAGGUGGCAGAGACGUGUCAGCUGGCAGUGAGGAGGCUGGAGUGGCUGCAGGAGAACAAACAGGAGCCUGUUGCCAGCCCCUACCUCUCCGUGGAUCCUGUUCCCCCUGCCGAGGAGACGGACGUCGCCAAACUCCGCGAAACCCUCCUGGAUGAGUCACGCACGCUGUUCGACCGCUACAGGGCUAUGUUUGCCCUGCGAAACCUGGGGGGCCAGGCUGCCGUGCUGGCGCUGGCAGACG